AUGGAUUACUUGAAAAACCUCACGAAAAAAUUGGAUAUCAACGGAAAGAAUGACAAAUCUGUCGUCAGUUAUAGCACGACUAUAAUUACAAAACGUCUCGAAAAUGGUGUGCCAGUCGAAGUAAUAACUAAAAUUUACGAAUCCAAUUCACCGAUUGAAGUAAAACUUCCUGAUGGAAUGAUUGAAAUCGAAAAACCAGCAGAAACACCCAAACCAAAAGAAGUAGAUCCAGAUGAACCCAAAAUGGAUGAUAGCAUUGUAGGUCUUAAAGAUUACGAUUUUUCCAAAGUCGAUGCUUAUGCCAGAAAAACUCCGAAAGCCGAAGCAGAGAACACUACACGGUUAUCAAAAUACCUUGCUAAACCUUGGAAUAAUGAAUUGGAUAAAUUGCGUUGCGUCUUUACUUGGAUCACCGAAAACAUACAGUAUGACACUGACUCGUAUUUUGGAGGCAAUUCCCAACAGUGUGGUCCUGAAGACGUUUUGAAAUCGCGUAAAGCGGUAUGUGAAGGAUAUGCAGUAUUAUUUGAUAAAUUGACCAGCGAUGCAGGUGCCGGCUAUACACCUGGUUGUGAUAUUGAUAGCCGUCAAUUCGCUCAUGCGUGGAACGGUGUACUUUAUAAAGGGGAAUUUCUCUUGGUUGAUAGCACGUGGGGAGCUGGUACCCUUAAUGGAAUGGACUUUGAAAAAAAUUUUGAGCCGUUUCAUUUCCUUUGUUCUCCAACUCAAUUCAUUUAUAGUCACUUUCCAGAAAAUUCAGAACAACAAUAUGUAACACCAAAACUUAGCAAAGCAGAAUUUCUUGAUUUGCCGUAUGUUAAGCCAAAAUUCUUUUCGUCCGGUCUAGGGUUCGUUAAACAUCUCGGCAAUGAGAUUAAAGUAUCGGAUGAUCAGAUUACAAUUGAAAUUGAAAGAUUACAUCCAGACGAGAGUAAACCUUUAUAUGCUACUCUUGAGUGGAAAGAUCAAGAAUUGACAGCAUUGAUUCAAAGGCUUGCCACACCUGGACCAAAAGGUGGUAGAAAGUACAAAUUGUUAAGUACUUGCCCAAGCAAAGGUGAAGGAAAGUUUAACAUUUUUGUCAUGUUAAAGGGUAACGAGGGUCCAUUAGUGUCUACUUUUAAAGUUAAAAAUUCCGGGUCUGGUAAACACUUUGCACCUUACGUAGAUACUUAUAGUGUUCCGUUUAGUUUCACCAUUCAAAAUCCUGUUCAUGCAAAAUUACCUUAUAAUGAACAUGUCAAAUUUGAGAUUACUAUAUUUGAUUCACCUGAAUCAGAAUUACCUUCUUUUGCAUUAUAUUUACCAGAUAAAACCACAAAAGAUCUUCAUAAAGUUUCAAGUACGCGCGAUAGUUAUACUUUUGCAAUUGACGCUUGUGUAGAUAAAAAGGGUAAAUGGAAUUUAACAUAUUGUUCAAAACCAAAUACUUUUAAUUUUAUUGCUCAGUAUACAGCCGAGUAA